CGUCUUUACACAAGUCCAAUCUUGAAGAGAAGCCUUUUAUGACAGGACAAAAGGGUCGCUAAACUCUUUGAGUCAGUGCUGCUGAAGUCAACAUCUAUCAUCAGUCACAUUGUGUGUCUUUCAUUACCUAAAGAUGCCAGAUCCUCCACUCAUAAUGCAGAAUCCUGCCAUCCAAGAUGUACCGAUGUCGGUCAUCCUUCGACAAGCGACAGGCCCAACCGAUAUGACUGCUGCCAGGAAAUGCUUGGAAGCGUAUACGCAAUGGCUGGACGAAGAUAUCUCUUUCCAAAAUUAUACCCAAGAGCUCAGCGAUCUGCCGGGGAAAUAUUCACUUCCAUCCGGCGCACUACUUCUUGCCGUAGACUCGACAAGCGGAAACAUCCUCGGGUGCAUUGCGAUGCGGCCUCUGCGUAUCGAGCCAACUUAUCUUCUAAACCGCCAACCCGACGCUCGAUACUGCGAAAUCAAACGACUUUUCGUUUACCCGGAAGCGAGAGGCAAGCAAGUGGCCAGACUUUUGAUCCAUGAGGUACUGCGGCGCGCGGAGGAGCAAGGUUACGACGAGGCUCUGCUCGACACCAUGGCCAAGAUGCAAGCUGCAGUUAGACUUUAUGCUUCGGAGGGAUUCCAAGAAACAUCCCCUUAUUACUACAACCCUCUCAAUGGAGCCUUGUAUAUGUCUAAGAGGCUGUCUAAAGUCUAGAACAAGCGUAUCUGCUCAGGUUAUGGGUGUAUUUAAUAGAUAAGAUCAUGCCAGAGCUGCAUUGGUCAUCGCUUAAAUGACCAGAACCCUAUCUUUAGAAGAAUAGGGUACCUAAUCGAAGCUCUUUUUUCCUGA